AUGGGUCAUUCACCUGUAACAUUAUUUGAGUAUUUAGGUAGUUUUGUAACAAAAGUUGCAUCGAGAGUAUCAGGUUAUUUAGGAGGUUGGUUUGGUUCAUCUGUCAAAUCAAAUGAUGAUGCUGAUGCCACAGGAACUUCUUCUAGUGGUCAUCAGAUCUGCGUGGAUAAUGGUAGUAGGCGUGUGACAGAAGGUUUAGAAGUCAAAAGACCAUCUUUAAUAACUCACAGAUUUAUAGAGAGAGAAAAUGUUGAUGCAACAUGUUCUCCGGCUAAACGAUUCAAAUUAUCUCAAACGGAAAAAAUUGAUAUUAAUUUUCCAAUUAGCCCCAUACCAAGCACAAGCGGUUUAUUUACCAAUACAUCUUUAAAUCAUACCUAUGACGUACCUAAAAGUGAAGAUUUUGUGACUAAUAAUCCGGGACCGAGCACGCUGCAAAGUCAACGAUAUUCAAUGACUAAUAAUGACCCUCCCGCCUCGUCUAACACUGAUGUAAAAGCCAAUGGAAAUAAUGAUAAUCACUCGGAUAGCAGUGAAUCGACGAGUGGUUGCUCGUCUUUGGUACCUCAAUCUGAUAGAUUAUCACAAUCAGCCUACAUUAGUUCAUCGAGGAAAAGAAAUUUGGAAGAAAAAUUAAAAUAUGCUAGGCAAUUACAACAGUCGAGGGCAUCGACUUAUCUUAACAAAAGUAUUCCCGUCAACGAUACCGUAGGUGCACGAAAAAAGCCAUCUUUUGACGUAACUGCUUAUUCAAACACCUCAGUGGAUAAAUCCUUAUUACGGGAAAAACUCGUUAAUUCUCCCUUUUAUUCGGGACAAACAUCUUACGGUGGAGCUUCGGCAUACCGUCUAUCUAGAAAUACAUUUUACUCACAGAAAUGUCCGAAAAGUUCGUUGGAAAAAAAGGAAGGAACUCAAAUCGAUGUUAAACCUUCUCAUUAUGGCUCUACGGAGAGUUUAUCAAACAUGAGUCACACGGCUAAAAGAAUUCUCGAGGCAUUAGAACAAUUUUCCACGCCAAUAAGUGAUGCUAAAAGAAUUCCCGUGAACCGAUUGACGCCGUUGGGUACAAAACGACGUCGAUUCGACGAACAUUCAGAAUCAAAACUUCAUUUAUCGACGCCGAUAUCGCCCUUGAAUCCCAAUGCGGGACCUGUAAUAACAGGUUUAAACGUGCCUACGGUGCCCGAUUUAUUAAAGCUUAAACGAUUGGAGCAAAUACAGAAUUCUACUGCUGCCGCUAGGCAAGUUGCCGUUCCGAAACAAGAAUACACGCUUCCUAGCGACGUAACUCCUGCCAGGAAAACCGGAAAAAUAAUAACGAAACGUAAGGAUAAAGAAAAAAAUGCGGUUUUUGACAAAGUAGAAGAAGUCAAUUUACCCCAAAUAUCUCUCCCCAUUUCAACGUUACCUACAUUCGACUUUAAGUUGCCCCCAACUACUACGACGCAAAGUACAGAAGCUAAACCAGAGCAGCCUGAAAAAAUUUCUAAUAGAACUUUUACAUUUUCCGAUCCCAUACCUGUAUCUGUUGAUUCAGUUUCAGACAGUCUAGUGAGAAAAAAUAGUUUUACUUUUAGUAAUCCAUUGUUAGCGAAUGGAAAGAAGAAUGAAAUCGAAAAAGAAGUUUCUAGUUCACUGGCUAACUUUAUGUCUAGUGACGCGGUAGCUAAAUUAAAAAGGAAAUCUAUUAAUGAUGUAAGUUUAAAAAGCAAUGAUUCUCCCGUAACGCCAGCUGUUUCGCAGGACUUUAAAGGCGGAAGUGUUAUGGAUUACUUUAAGAAAACCGCUGCGGAAAAAAGUGCUGAUAAAAAAUUACCCGCAGAUUCCGCGAGUGGCACAUGGGAAUGUGACAAUUGUUUGAUUCGUAACCUAAACAGUAGUAAAAUAUGUUGCGGCUGUAAAAUUUCGCGAGUGAAUAAAAAUAUCGAAAAGUCUUUGAUUAGCCCUCCAAAAGCGAAACCGUUAAAAGAAGAAACAAAGUCGCUUAUCAAACCGGGUUUCGGAGACAAGUUCAAACCACCCGCUGGUUCUUGGUCCUGUAAGGAGUGUUUCGUUAGUAACAAAGAAUCGGCGUUAAAAUGUAUCGCUUGCGAUGCACCCAAGUUCGGAAUCACAAAGUCGAAAGUAGCUUCUACUCCUGUUCCCGCUCCUUCUCUUGCUGCUCCAACUCCGGCUCCGGCUCCAGCUCCAGCUCCUGUUUUACCAACUGUUUCCACUGCCGCUACUGUUCCUACUCCUGAGAUUUUUAAACCACCUUCAAAUACAGGCUUUGGUGAUUUUUUCAAAAAACAAGAAAAUCAAUGGGAAUGCUCAUCGUGCAUGAUUCGAAACAAAGACACGCUUACAAAAUGUGCAGCUUGCGAAACUCCUAAGCCAGGGUCAAAGCCCGAAAAAACUGAAACAAAAUUUAGUUUCGGUGCUACUCCGAGCACGGGGAGUUUUGUGUUUGGCAUAGAUAAGGCUUCUGGAAUAAAAUCUGCCGCUGAUUCAAGUACUUUUAAAAUACCCUCUACAACUCAACCCGUAACAAUACCUAAAAAUACGUCCCCAGGAUCAAAUUUUCAACCUACUUCAACUUCUAUAGGAGGUUUCACUCCUGCAAUGCCCUCUUCUAACUCGGUCUUAAAACCCAGUUUUGGAGAAAAAUUCAAACCGCCUUCUGAUUCUUGGUCUUGUAAAGAGUGUUUCGUUAAUAAUAAAGAAUCAGCCAUAAAGUGCAUAGCUUGUGAAGCUCCUAAAGCAGGCACUAGCAUGCCGAAAGUAAGCUCUGCUUCUGAUUUAGUUCCAAAUCCUGUACCCGCUUUUGCUCUUCCUUCUGCUUCUGCUACUGAAAUUUCUAAACCACCCACAAAUACUGGCUUCGGUGAUUUUUUCAAAAAACAAGAAAAUCAAUGGGAAUGCUCAUCGUGCAUGAUUCGAAACAAGGACACGCUUACAAAAUGUGCAGCUUGCGAAACUCCUAAGCCGGGGUCAAAGCCCGAAAAAACCGAAACAAAAUUUAGCUUUGGUGCUACCCCAACUACGGGAGGUUUUGUGUUCGGCAUAGACAAGGCUUCUGGAAUAAAAUCUGCCGCUGAUUCCAGUACUUUUAAAAUACCAUCAACAUCUCAGACGGAAACCGUACCUAAAACUAAUUCUACCGCUAAUUGUUUUCAACCCAUAUCUACUUCAGUUGGUGUUUUUACUUUUGGAAUCCCUCCUGCUAAUACACAGGAAAAAAAAGAUAAGCCUAAGAUUGAAAGUAAUCCUGCAGUGGAAGCCUCUAGUAGUAGAUUUAUGGUCACUUCUACUAGUGGAUUUAAUAUUCGGAAAGAUGAACCUCAGGUUGAAUCUGAAAGAGGGAAUGCUGACAAAGACAAAGAUAAAAAAAUGGAAAUACAAAACGGUAAAAAUGAAAUAUCUGUGACCGAUGCUCCUAAAGCUGAUAGUGAAAUUUCGAAACCUUUUAUUUUCAAUGCUCCGGUAAAACCAAGCGGAAAUUCAUUAUUUGGAAUGCCUAAAGAUGAAAACAAAGACAAAACAAGUGAACCUAAUAAAAAACCAUCAUUUUUUUUCGGAAGUAAUUCAAACACCGUAGGAACACCUUUCGCUAAUGCUUUUGCUCCAAAUCCCGAAGCUCCUAAGCUUUUCGGUAAUAAGGAACAGAAUUCUGGAACGGUUCCAUUGUUUGGUAACAGUAACCCGACGCCAUUCAGUUCACCAUUUAUGCAGCCCGCUCCUGAAAAACCAGUUCAACCCUUCAUUUUCGGAGGCGCAUCUGCACAAACUUCGACUGUAGCUUCUUCGACUCCUGCAGUAACGGCUCCUGGAGUUUUCACUUUUGGAGGAGGGAAUUCGAAUUCAUCACAGUUUACUUUCGGUAGCGGUUCAACUUUUAACUUUGGAUCCAAAUUGCCAACAACCAACACUUUUGAAAGUUUUGAACAGUCAAAGGCUGAAACAUCGGGUGGAUCGACAUCUGUUUUUACCAAUCCUACACCCGUUUUCGGUAUGAGCAGUGCUCCCGCAACUUUUAACUCGGCUCCUUCGAAAUUUGAAUUCGGAACUCCAUCAGUGCAAGCGCAAAAUCCAUCCAACGUUUUUCAAUUCGGAGCAACUUCUUCAGAGUCGCAACCAGCAUCGGCUCCACCAGCUACAGGUUUUAGUUUAUCAGUGCCUCAAAGUUUUAACUUUACUGGAGGGCAAACGCCGACUUUUAGUGCGCAGCCCAAGCCAGAUAGCCGAGAGCCAAGAAGGUUUUUAAAAGCUGCAAGGCGAAAUAACACGAGGAGGCCGAACUGA